CGCCGGCUGCGCGCACCCCGCACACGGCGCGCUGCCACCGAGGGAGGGAGGGAGAGAGCGAGCACCAUGUGCCGGCCAGCGCUCGCCCGGCUGCUGCUCCUCCAGCUACUGCUGCUCAAGCUGCACCUCGGCAAAGGCGCCGUCAAGGAGUGCGAGGAGAACCAGUUCCAGUGCCGGAACGAGCGCUGCAUCCCCGCCAUCUGGAAAUGCGACGAGGACGACGACUGCUCGGAUAACAGCGACGAGGCGGAUUGCCCAAAGAAAACUUGUGCUGAGUCAGAUUUCACUUGUGACAAUGGGCACUGCAUCCCAGCCAGGUGGAAAUGUGAUGGGGAAGAAGAAUGCCCCGAUGGAUCAGAUGAAUCAGAAGCAGCAUGCACCAAACAAGUGUGUCCAUCUGAAAAAAUUAGCUGUGGAGAUUUAAGCAACAAGUGCAUCCCAUCGUCCUGGAGAUGUGAUGGGCAGAAAGACUGUGAAAGUGGAAUUGAUGAGGCUGGUUGCACUCCUGCCUGUUCUCCCAACGAGUUCCAGUGCAGUAACAAGUCGUGUAUCUCCAUCAUCUUCGUGUGUGACGGUGACAACGACUGCGGGGAUGGCAGCGACGAAAGGAAGUGCUCCCCUCUGACCUGCAACCCCAACGAGUUCCAGUGCAACAACAGCAUGUGCAUCCCGGAGCAGUGGGUGUGCGACAACCAGCCCGACUGCGAGGACCAGUCGGACGAGUCCGUGGACAGGUGUGGCUACGACGCCAGGGCGCUGAACACGUGCGCGGCCCACGAGUUCCAGUGCGGCAACGGAGAAUGCAUCCACCUCAACUGGAAGUGUGACGGGGACGAGGACUGCAAGGACAAGUCUGACGAGCAGGACUGCCCUCUGGUGACCUGCCAGCCAGAUGAAUUUCAGUGUGGUGAUGGGAUCUGUAUCCAUGGAGCAAAGCAAUGCGACAAGGUGCACGACUGUCCUGACGAAAGCGACGAAGCCGGCUGUGUCCAAGAGUCAGCAUGUGAAAGUCCCAGCAAGUUUCAGUGUAAGAGUGGAGAGUGCAUUGACGGAGGCAAAGUGUGCGAUUCACAUAGAGACUGCAGGGACUGGUCUGACGAGCCUCUGAAAGAAUGUGGUGUUAAUGAAUGCUCGACGAACAACGGUGGCUGCUCACACAUAUGCAAAGAUUUGAAGAUUGGUUACGAGUGCGAAUGCCCGCCUGGAUACAAGCUUCUGGAUAAAAAAACGUGUGGAGACAUAGAUGAAUGUGAGAAUCCAGACGCUUGUAGCCAGAUCUGCAUUAAUUACAAGGGAGACUACAAAUGUGAGUGCUACGAAGGAUACGAGAUGGACACCCUGUCCAAGAACUGCAAAGCUGUAGGCAAGAGCCCGUACCUGAUCUUCACCAAUCGCCACGAGGUCCGUAAAAUAGACCUGGUGAAAAGGGACUAUUCCCGUAUCAUUCCCAUGCUGAAGAACGUGGUGGCACUGGAUGUGGAGGUGUCAACAAACAGAAUAUAUUGGUGUGACUUGUUCUACCGAAAAAUCUACAGCGCCUACAUCGACAAAGCCAGUGACACGGCCGAGCAGGAGAUCCUGAUCGACAGCCAGCUCAACUCCCCUGAGGGACUGGCCAUUGACUGGGUCCACAAGAACAUCUACUGGACAGAUUCUGGAAACAAGACCAUCUCAGUGGCCACUGCAGAUGGGAGCAGGAGGAGGACACUUUUCAACAGUGACCUCAGUGAGCCCAGAGCCAUCGCUGUGGAUCCCACACAGAGGUUCAUGUAUUGGUCUGACUGGGGAGACAAAGCCAAGAUUGAGAAGGCCGGUCUGAAUGGUGUGGGGCGGCAGGUGCUGGUCACCGACAACAUUGAGUGGCCAAAUGGCAUCACACUUGAUUUGCUGAAUCAGCGUCUCUACUGGGUAGACUCCAAAUUGCAUUCACUGUCCUGCAUUGAUUUCAAUGGCAGCAACAGAAAAGUUCUGAUCUCCUCUGUGGAUGAUCUGAGCCAUCCUUUUGGCUUGGCAGUGUUUGAGGACAGAGUCUUCUGGACUGACCUGGAGAACGAAGCGAUCUUCAGCGCAAACAGGCUCAAUGGCUUGGACAUCUCCAUUCUGGCAGAGAAUCUCAAUAACCCUCAUGACAUCGUAGUGUUUCAUGAAUUAAAGCAGCCCAAAGCUCCAGAUUCCUGUGAGCUCAGCCCCCAGCCAAACGGAGGCUGUGACUACUUGUGUCUUCCUGCACCUCAGAUCUCUCCCCAUUCCCCCAAGUACACGUGUGCUUGUCCUGACAAUAUGUGGUUGGGUCCUGACAUGAAAAAAUGCUACAAAGAACUUCCAACCACUGCACCUCCUGAAGUGGUUUCCACAAGCACACUGUCCCAUGCUGAUGGCACCACAACCAUCGCCACUGUCCCUGGCAGUGCCAAUGACACCACUGAAGUCGUCCCCAAAGCUGUACCAGAAGCUACAAUCACCACCCCAAGUCUUCAUUUACCUUCCACCACAUCCAUCCUGAUAAAUUCUGAGAUGACCACUGGAAACAGCAAUUUAUCACAGCACUAUGCAAAUGAUGAUGAAGGCUUUGGUUCAACUGUGACAGCAGCUGUGAUUGGAAUUGUCAUUCCUGUGGUGGUCAUUGGCUUGCUGUGCAUGGGGGGAUACCUCAUCUGGAGAAACUGGAAACGGAAGAAUACUAAAAGCAUGAAUUUUGAUAAUCCAGUUUAUAGGAAGACAACAGAAGAGGAAGAUGAAGAUGAAAUCCACAUUGGGCGAACUGCCCAAAUUGGACAUGUGUACCCAGCACGUGUAGCAUUAAGCUUAGAAGAUGAUGGGUUGCCAUGAGGAUGAAGAUGCUGCUCCAGUCAUCCGAACACUGAACAAAUCUGCUUUGGGUCACAGAACCUGCUUUUUCUUCUUCUUGAUGUUAUUUAUGUUGCAGAAGGGUAACCACAAAGUUAUAAUGAACUGCAAACAUCCAAAGGAUGUGAGAGUUUCGUAUGUAUAAUCUUUUAUACACAUUUUAACUUGUUGCACUACCCAUUUGUGAUAGUGAAUAAGCAACAGCUGAGCUACUAACUCAAUGUAUAUAAACAGCCAGGCUGAAGGUUCAGUAGCUAUUGCUUUAUUUUAAGACUAUAUUUAUAGAUAUUUUGUAAAUAUGUUGAAUAUGCUUUGUGGCUAUCCAUCAACAUAAGUAAAAUAAAUUCUGUACAGGCAGUUUAGAAAUAUUUAUUAACAAAAUCUGGAUUAUAAGAUCUGUUCUGUAAAUAUAGUA